AUUGAGCUCCUUCAUCUUCCUUCUCCUUUGUUUCUUCAGAACACAACAAAACAAAUCUCUCUCUCUCUCUCUCUCUCUCUCUCUGCAUCGCACGGUUUUGUUCUCUUCGGCCAACGAUCCUUCCUUCACAUCCACUUGCACUAGACUUCUGGGAGAAAUCAGAUGCAUCGUGGUAAAUUUUCCCUAACACCUAGGAAUGAAGUCAAAGGCUUAUCGGGUCCAAAUUUAACCAGUUACAAGCAUAGCAGCCCUUCAGAUCCCAUAGAUCUUUCCUCUUCAGAUGAUGAAAAUGACACCUCUAAUAAUGACAUAUCUAAACAAUUAGUCCUUUAUGAUCCCACGGCAAGUGGUCGCAACACACUUGAUCUGUUUCCUGGUGCUAUUCAGUGUACACCUCCGUUGCCUCCAAGAAGCAAACCUCCAAGUACAACUCCCAGAAUCUUGCCAUCAGUUGGUGCGUUCACUGUUCAAUGUGCAUCCUGCUUUAAAUGGAGGCUGAUUCCCACAAAAGAAAAAUAUGAAGAAAUACGGGAGCAUCUACUUGAGCAGCCAUUCAUUUGUCAAAAAGCUCGUGAGUGGCGGCCCGAUGUAUCUUGCGAUGAUCCAGAGGAUAUUUCUCAGGAUGGGAGCCGGGUUUGGGCUAUUGAUAAGCCAAACAUUGCACAGCCUCCAGCUGGUUGGGAGCGACUACUACGGAUCAGAGCCGAAGGAAGCACCAAAUUUGCAGAUGUAUAUUAUGUAGCACCAAAUGGCAAGAGACUCCGCUCAAUGGUAGAGGUCCAAAAGUUCUUGUUGGAGCACCCGGAAUAUAUAAGAGAUGGGGUAACUCUUUCUCAGUUCUCAUUUCAAAUACCAAAGCCAUUGCAAGAAAACUAUGUGAGGAAGCGCUCCCUGAAACUUAAAUCUUCAUAUGAAGACGGCAGACCGGUUGAACCUGAACAAGUGAGUCCACUAGCAUGGGCCGCACCAGAAGACACUGCAAAGUUGCAUGAAGAAAAACCUGUCCCUUUUGCUGCUGUACUGGAUGAUGAUUACCCUCUCAAUCCACCAACAAAGAAGCGAGCGACCGAGAGUUCACUCCAAAAGGAUGUGCCUGACGCUAAUGAAGAUUUUCAACUCAGAAGUUAAUGGUGGAAACUUAAGGCUGCUGAUCCAAAUCUCUGCGUAUUGUUUGGAUGGAUGAUAGCCUCCUUUUUUCGCUUCUUUUUUGGGUGGACAGAUUGCAACUUACUGUAAAAUUUUCUGGUUAUUAGGGAAAUAGGUUUUCAGUUUUUUGUUUAGAACAGGAAAUGAUGUUGUCGAAAAUGAACUGCUACAGAAGAUGAAAGUUGUAUAACCUUUCAAAGUGUAAUCUGAGCCCAUAAAACAAUGUACAGAAGAUGGUACUGUGAUUUACCAGUCUCAAUUGAAGAACUAGUCGAUUUGCA